AUGCUGUCCAUAGACAGGGGUCUGUUUGCUCCCUCGGCGGUCAGCUAUGCCUUACACCACAUCCGGUCCGUUGGCUACGGCGCCCAUACGGGUCCGGCUACCUAUGAGGCAGCUCUACUCCAGUUCCUCGAGCCGCACCUGACCCCCAGUUGUAAAGUGCUGGAUAUCGGGUCGGGAACUGGAUAUCUGACAGCUUGUAUCGCAUCUAUGGUCGGAUCCAAUGGUCGAGUGAUUGGUGUGGAACACAUCCCACAGUUGGUCCAGCAGUCCAUCGAAACCAUUGACAAACACUACCCGCAGCUGAAAGGGUUUGGACACUCAUCUGAGGGACCCUAUGAUCUCAUAUUCAUUGAGCCGCUGACAAGACGUGUGCCGCAGAAGCUGGUGGACCAGUUGAGGGCCGGCGGCAGGAUUGUGGUGCCUAUCGGUGCCCGAGAAAAGGACAUCAAUCUGGAGCUGUUCACCAAACAGGCCAACGGAGAGGUGGUCCGACUCGUGCUGUGCGAUGAUUGGCGGCUAAUGCAAGAGAAUACACCGGAUCUGCUCGAAGACCGGAAGUUGCAGUUGAGGUCCGGUUGGAAGCUUAGGCUNGUGCUGUGCGAUGAUUGGCGGCUAAUGCAAGAGAAUACACCGGAUCUGCUCGAAGACCGGAAGUUGCAGUUGAGGUCCGGUUGGAAGCUUAGGCUCGGCUUCUGA